GCUGUUGAAAUGCGUACAUGCAGCACAUCUAUUGGUCGAUUUUCUUCUGUUGUGAUGCUAUCCUGAUUCCUGAAUCCAUUGAACACGGCUUAUUCACAGAACAGCGGUCGUUGAGUACGUUGAGUUGACGUUGAGUCUGUCGGCGUCGACGUCACGUACCACGUGACUUACAGAGUCGCGUCGCGUCGCGAGUCCCGACGCCGACGCCAACAUUCUUAGCUCUUUCCCACAAAUACUCUCUACCGGAACUCUUCUACCUGCUCUCAACUCGCGAUAGAAUAUGUCUGAACAACUGCAGCUCACCACGGCCUGGAACUCAUCUUCCCGCCCAGCAACGGGUAUGUCCCGACCAUGGACCGCUCAGUCACGUACAGGUACUGGACGCCCUCAAACUGCUGUAUCCUCCCGUCAUGAGGCGAGCUACGUGGUGUCUGUGCUCGAAGGUCGAGGUGUCGCCCGGGAAGUCGGUAUUGCUGCCCUCGAGAAGGAUACGGGUAGGGUGUCGUUGAUACAGCUCGCAGAUAGCCCGACCUAUAUCAAGACUUUACAUCAACUCCAUUUGCAUUCACCGUCGCUCAUACUUGUUCCUGAUACGUUCUUGUCGAUGUCGGACGUCUCGUUGGCCUCGGGUGGGAAGAAACCGUCAACGACGUCUGUCCUCGUACAGUGCAUGAUGGAGGAGUUCGACGUACCGAUUGAACCUGUACAGAGGAAGUACUGGAACGAAACUGCCGGUCUCGACUUCAUCACACAACUCAUUGUGGAGGGUGACGAGAGGGCUGGCACGAUCGUCGCAGCUUCCACCAAGUACUAUGCACUCUCCGCAGCCAGUGCGCUGUUCAAGCAUGCUGAAUCAAGGCUUAAUAUACGUUUCGCUUCGGCCUCGUUGCUCAUUCGCUUUGGGCAAGCGGAUGGCACGAUGAUGAUUGAUCCAGAGACAUCUCGUAACUUGGAGCUUGUCGGCAAUAUGUCUAGCAAGAAGUCCACUCACUCACUCUUCGGACUGAUGAACCAUACGUACACGGCAAUGGGGGCUCGGCUGCUACGAGUCAAUAUUCUUGCUCCGAACACUGUGCAAGGAUCGAUUGAAGCGCGUCUGGACGCUGUAGAAGAGCUGGUGCAAAACGAAGAUCGCUUCAAUGAAGUCAAGAAUGCGCUGAAAGCCUUGAACAAGAUGGACUUUGACAAGUUGAUCUGCUCGCUCGCUGCGUCCGAAGCACGGGAAAGCGACACUGCAAAACCAGCAGCGGCUCGUGUAUCACAGAUGCUGAAUCUCCGAAACAUCGUAAAAACCAUGCCUCUUCUGUCUCGAGCCCUAGGAGGCUGCCGUUCUCAGUUACUGAGCGUCAUUGCGGAGAUGGUAUCAGAUGAACGGCUGGCGAAGAUCGAGAGGCUAGUCACGGAUAGCUUAAACGAAGCGGCUACCCCAGCAAAGGCUGGCUUAGGCGCACUGAACGCUCGCGUCUACGCGGUAAAGGCAAAUUGCAACCGUCUCCUAGACGUCGCGCGCGAAACCUACAAGAGAAUUUGGGAGACAUCUUCACCCUGAAUCGAGACUUGUCAGAACGUCACAAUCUUCCGCUCAGUCUGGUCUAUCAGGACACCGGAUUUGUAUUCGCGCUCAAGAAGAACGAACUUGAAGGCGAGCUGCCAAAAGGGUUCAUCAAUGUCACCAUCCAGAAAGGGCGGUGGCUUUUUUCGAGCAUUGAGAUGAAAAAGCGUAAUGCGCGAAUGAAGGACGCUUUGGACGAAUCACUCAUCCUGAGCAACAAGUAUGUUCAU